UUCUGCUUAGAUUUUGGUAACUAACAUGUACUUUAUCAGGUUAAUUAAUUAAACAUGAACUGACUGAGGAGUUACUUAAACAUGAACUGACUGAGGAGUUACUCUCUUAAAGCUGUGACUCCUGUAUUUUUAGCAGAUUGAACACAAAAUAACGACAUUUUUAUAUUUCAAUUUAUUUUGAGUGAAUAUUUGGUGGUAUAUUUUAGCACUAAGGGAGUUCCUUGCGUGUCUGACUGAGCUGAUGGAUUAUUAGACUGAGGCUGUCAGACUGUGCGGCACCAGCAGGGGGAGACAAAGACCUAAAAAUAUAAACAAAACGCUGUUUUUUUUGUUUUUAGUUCAUUCAAAUUGCAUCGUCAAACCAAACGGCUUGAUUUUAGUUUGAGUUGGGAGUAAAGUGAGGCUGACGUGACAUUUGCCUUUUUCUCCGCCUUGAGGUAAAAUUAGAAAAUCGGAUCUCUGUCCCGCUUGCUGUGCUUUUUAACUCACAACAGCUGCUGACAAUUUGCCUUUCGGAUCUUAAUUUUUAAGCGUGUCAAACUUUAAAUAUAUCUUGAAAUACUGUUCGCUGACCCAGUCUCAAGUUGCAGAACUCCAGCCUCACACAGCUGUUGAUGAUUUCACUGUCGAGUCCAGUGUGAACCAAACGGCACAACUCUACUCUGCGCAUGUGUGAAAGUUUUCAUCCAUCCAAGUCAUUCAGACUGACGUUUUCUCUUCAUGCCGUCAGUUGGUGUGUUGAGACAUUUAUUAUCUCGGUUUCACAAACUGUUCAGAGUCUGAAGCAUUUCAGAUUUUUUUCCCUCAAACUUUUUCUUUUACUGUAAACAUAUUUACAGUUGUGUAAAUCUGUAGUAUAUGUGUUAAAUGAAUACAAACAGAUCUAUCCGAAACCUUUCAGCUUAUAAAUAAAAACAAACGGAUCGGGCUUCAACUCAUCGGUUCCUGGUUUUCUUUGAGUUCUGCACUGCAGGUUCGUUUGCAGAGGAAAGACUUUGAAAUGCAACAGAAAAUGAAAGGCUCACAAGUUUUUGCAUAAAAGCAGAAAUCCCCCAAAGUAAAUGAGCCUGAGUCUGAGCACAUAAAGUCCUCUCACCGAUUCUCAGUUGGAUUAAGGUCUGGACUUUAACUAGACGCUUUCAUGUGCAACAACUGUGCUGUCAACAACUUCCUUGUUGCCACUCCUCCAUGUCUGGAUUGUAAGACUCAAUGUUGUCUUGUGGACGACUUCUCCCGGCUUUGGAUCUAUGCAGCUCCUCCAGAGUAACCAUGGGCCUCGUACCAGUUUUCUUUAAUUCCUGUUCAGAUGUGAGCACUUUGACCUCACGUCAUGGUAGGUUUACACAUGUUUCAUACUCUUUCCAUUUUCACAUGAUGGAUUGAACAGUGAAUAUUCUCUGUCACGUCACAGUUAUGCUCUUAGUUUUAGUCCGUGGCAGAGAAUCUCAAUAAAAUGUGUUGAAAUUUGUAACCCAACAACAAUCUGCAGAUUCAUUAAGCCGUUGUAAAUCAUCACAUCCUGAUCGUUGUAUUUUAAAGCGACGAUGUUCCCCUUCAUGUGGUCAGCAGAGGGUCUGCAAUGUGUCUGCAUUCCUCCAACUCCACACCCAGCCUGGUGGACCUCUUCACGUGGGGACAGCCCAGCCCCAAAUAACUUUCAUUCUGCUCCCGCUGACCAGCAGCGACCCCCCCUCUUCACCACACUGGGAGGAGAAAGUGUGUGAGGCGCAGUGCGUCUCGGGGAAAGUCAGAAGAUGAGAGGGUGGAUUUUGGUCCUGGAAGGUUCACCUGGAGCGGAUUGUGGAGUUUUUCUACGCUGAGCGUCGGGCCUGGACCCGACGCCGAUGCUGAGGAGCUCUGAGCGUUUUGCUUCAUGUGAUCGAGGGGGCGGGGGGGAUCGGUCAGCGGAGAGAUGUCCUGAAGAAAGAAAAUCCUCAACAAACCCGUGUUGAACCAGAAACGUGGAGCUGCUUCUGGACAAGUCGUUUUCCUGUCGGCCAUGGACUCGCAGGGGGGUCCGUACCUCAACAAGGGGGCUCUCUGCUCCACCCUGGGUGGCGCCCGGAUCUGCCAGUUAGCCAUGGGCUGUGCUGUGAUCGCGAUGGUGACCCACAGCGCCGGGUACAGCGGCUCGCAGGGCAUCUUCUGCAUGGCGGCCUGGUGCUGCUGCUUCGCCGUGUCGGCGGCCAUCUUCUUCCUGGACGCCACCCGUCUCUACAGCUGCCUCCGGGUGUCCUGGGACAACCUGACGGUCACCUGGGCCGCCUGCGCCACGCUCAUGUACGUGACGGCCUCCGUGGUUUACCCGCUGUUCUUCGUCAGGUCCGAGUGCCCGUACGAAGGCUGCGAAGUCCGAGACUUCCGCAUCGCCGUCACCGUCUGCUCCAUCCUGGGAACUCUGGCCUACGGAGCCGAAGUGGCCCUGUGCCGGGCCAGACCGGGCCACAUCGUGGUGGGCUACAUGGCUACCGUCCCCGGCCUUCUGAAAGUGGUGCAGGCCUUCGUCGCCUGCGUCAUCUUUGGCGCGCUGGCCAACGGGAGCCAGUUCUCGCGUUACGCCGCCACAAUCUACUGCGUGGUCGUCUACGCUUCCUGCUUUGCUCUCACCGCCCUGGUGGUCAUGAUGACCGUCUGUAAACGCACCAAAACUGUCAGGUGCAUGCCCUUCGACCGCUUCGUGGUGGUGUGCACCUUCCUGGAGGUUUUGCUCUACCUGAGCGCCUCGGUGGUGUGGCCGGUUUUCUGCUUCGACUCCAAGUAUGGGUCUCCAUGGCGACCCUCGUCGUGUCCGCAGGGGAAGUGUCCGUGGGACAGCAAAGUGGUGGUGGCCGUGUUCUCCUGCGUGAACUUUGGGCUUUAUCUGACAGACCUGUUGUACUCACAGAGGAUCCGAUUUGUCUCGUCGCGCGUUCCCACCAACUCGCGGGUGUAGAACCACUCAGAACAACUAAAAGAACUUUCAACCCACCUAGAAACAAUGACACCUUGACAGACAUGAAUCCAGUUUCGCACGAACAUUUCAGGAAGCCAGGACAUGUCUUGUGUUUGGUGCCAGUAGCUGCAGAGCCGGAUCAUCUGUAAAACCUGGGCCAGACUUUAGAAACAGGGCAGCAGCUCGGAUCCCAAAGAGUUUUGGGGGCCCCAGAUACUUUUUUAAAAAAUUUUAUGAAUACAUAUUUUGCUUCUACUUUAUAUACAAUUUAUAGGCUCAUAUUGUGAGGAUUUUUUUUUUAAAUAAAUAUACAUGAUACUCAAGUGUUGGAAAUUUAUAAAGUAAUAUUUCUGGGGGCAACAACAUGGAUCACUGCUCCAUGUUGUUCCCUAGAUUUUAAACCUAAAUGCAUCAAUUAUUGUAUGUGACUACAUAUUAAUCUAUUGUAAUCUGCAUUAGUAGGUGCAGUGGAUUGUGCACCAAAACUGACUCCAGCCCACAGCCUUGUAGACCCGGCCUUGUAGAAAACUGUAAAACAUUUAGAUUACUAAAUAAAUUCAACUUUUCAUUA